AUGUUGUCGGCGGCGGUAAUUGCGAGUGUCGCUUCAUUAGCUGUAGCACGUCAGGUUAAUGUGUCUGUUGAUGCACCAAAAGUUAUCGGCAAUCUGCCUUCUUUUGCUCGAUUCUUCGGUGCAGACGAGGCCAACCAAGCGAUAUUCCCGGAUGGCGAGUCCUUGAUCCAGGACCUUGGAAACUUAGGUCCCCAUCAGACAUACUUCCGAGCGCAUAACCUGUUGACAACCUGUGACCCUCCCGACAACGUGGACCCCAAGCGGUUGAAAUGGGGAUGCACAAAUGCUUACACGGAAGAUGACGAUGGAAAUCCCGUCUACAACUGGGCCAUUAUCGACGAGAUCUUUGACACAUAUCUCGCAAACAACGUUAAGCCAUAUGUCCAGGCUUCUUUCAUGCCCAAGGCUCUAGCGACAGACCCAGAGCCAUACACAUUUUACUUUGACGCGGACUCCGACUACAACGAGAUCUAUGUUGGAUGGAGCCAUCCGCCAACCAAUUGGUCGAAAUGGGGCGAGUUGAUAUACCAGUGGACCAAGCACUGUGUUGAGCGUUACGGUCAGGUGGAAGUUGAGACUUGGUAUUGGGAGAUCUGGAACGAGCCAAAUAUCCCUUACUGGAACGGCACCCAGACUCAGUACUUCACUCUCUAUGACUACGCAGUCGACGGCAUCCUGAGAGCGUUGCCUACUGCAACGGUUGGUGGACCUGAAGUCGCAGGCGGACCAGACGGAGACUGGCUUGGCCUCUUCCUGGACCAUACCAUCAAUGGUCAAAACAACGCCACUGGCGGGAAAGGAGCGCCCCUCGACUUCAUUUCGUUUCACGCCAAAGGCAGCCCGACAUAUGUCAACGCUACAGACAGUGUUCCCGGUCACUUGCAAAUGAAUAUGAGCGCCGAGCUCAUCAACGUGGUCGAUGCAUUCACCGUUAUCCGCAACUAUUCCACUCUCAACAGUCUACCCAUCUUCAUUGGCGAAGACGAUCCAGACUCCUGCGCCGCCUGCAUCUCGCCAGAAGUUGACUACCGUAACGGCCUCAUCUAUCCUUCAUACACAGCAGCUGUGUUUGCUCGACAGAUCGAUCUUGCCGUCAAAUACUCGGUCAACCUUCAAGGCACGCUCACAUGGGCCUUCCAGUUCGAGGACCACCCAUACUUUGACAACUUCCGAGUUCUGUCUACCAGAGGCAUCGACAAGCCUAUCCUCAACAUCUUUAGAAUGUUCGGCAAGAUGCAGGACAAGCGUCUACAAGCCUCCAGCACCGGUCAAUACCCGCUGCAGUCGGUUGUGCAAGGCAGCAUCCGCGGAGAGUCGGAUGUCGGCGUGCUCGCUUCGGCAGACGAAGAAGGCGAUACCAUGGCGGUGAUGGUGUGGAACUACCACGACAACGGACUGCCGAAACAGGAUGCGCAGAUCCACUUCAACGUGACGGAUGCGUUUCCGGGUUGCAGCGAAGUCGCCACGACGCAUUAUAGGAUUGAUCAGAGCCAUUCGAAUGCGUAUUCGACGUGGUUGGCUAUGGGGUCUCCGCAGGAUCCCACGAAGGCGCAGUAUGCGCAGCUGAAAGCGGCUGGUCUGUUGCAGAUGUUGCAUGAGCCGACCACGGUGAAAUCUGAGGGUGGCAAAUUUGGGAUCCAGUUCGACUUGCCUAUUCAUGCUAUCUCCUUGCUGGUCCUGGAGGGACAGAAGGGCAAGUGA